AUGACUUAAAAAUAAAUUCAUUUUCUUCCCACUCUUCUCUCUCUAAACACUCUCCCUUUCUCCUUCUAAAGUCUCACUCUUCGCAGGAAAAUUCGUAUUCUCAUCUCUUACCAUUAAUUGUUCACUAAUUUUAAAUCUACAGCGUUCUUCUCCAAUGCUGCGAUUGAAUUCAUCGGAUAGAUAAAUUGGUACGAAAGAGGAUCGUAAUUUUAGCUGAUCAUGGGGCCCACAAGAAAUUGUAAAAGUCUGAAUAAACGUUACUCUUAUGUUCCCGAUGUAUCUCCUAGCAAAGAUGGGGAUGGUUCUAAAAGAAGCAAUAGGCGGAAAGUGCAGAAGAGAAAGUUGUCUGACAUGCUUGGGCCUCGAUGGACUGUGGAAGAGCUAACUCGUUUCUAUGACUCUUACCGCAAAAAUGGUAAAGAUUGGAAAAAGUUAGCCAGUGCUGUGCGAAAUCGUUCUCCAGAAAUGGUGGAAGCCCUUUACACAAUGAAUAGGGCAUACUUAUCUCUCCCUCAUGGAACUGCAUCUGCUACUGGGUUGAUUGCUAUGAUGACCGAUCACUACAGCAAUUUGGCAGGGAGCGACAGUGAUCAAGAAAGCAAUGAUGAAGUGAGAUCAUCACGAAAGCCUCAGAAACGUGCUCGUUGCAAAGUAGAACCUCCUACCUCAAAAGCAUCAGACAGUCAAUUCCUUUCCCCAACCCUCGGUUCGAGUUAUGGUUGCCUGUCAUUGUUAAAGAAGAAACGCUCUGGAGGGAGCAGACCUCGUCCUGUUGGAAAAAGGACGCCAAGGUUCCCCAUUUCCUUGCCAUAUGACACUAUGAGCGAAGAUAAAUAUUUUUCUCCAACCAGGAAAGGGUUGCAACUGAAUGCUAAUGCUGAUGAUGAUGAAGUAGCUCACGAAAUUGCCAUAGCUUUGGCAGAGGCUUCACAAAGAGGUGGCUCUCCCCAGGUUUCUGGAACCCCAAAUAAAAGAGCUGAGAGUGUCAUGUCAUCGCCAAUUAGGCAUAGUCAAAGAAAGAAUUAUUUAGCUGAAAUGGCCAACACAAAACUCUUGUCUGCCGACAUGGAUGAAGAAGAUUUAGAAGGGAGCACAGAAGCUGACACGGGCGAGCUGUUCAAGUAUAAGUCCAAUGUGGUGGAAUUUGUAAGCCCUGGUACAACAAGAGAGAAAGGGAAAAAACUUAAAGGGAAGAAAUUUGAAAUUGAAAACAACGACGACCGUCACCUGGAUGACACCAAGGAAGAGUGUAGUGGAACAGAGGAAGAUCAAAAGUCAGGGGUAAUCAGAGGCAAGUUUGAUUUAGAGGCCAACACCAACAUCUCGAAAUCGCCCAUGCAGAGCCAGAGAAAGAAGAGCAAAAAGGUUCUCUUUGGAAAAGUUCCCACUGUAAUUAAGAUGAAGGCACACUCGACCUUUGUAGAUGAGGAACCUGCUUUUGAUGCUUUGCAAGCUCUAGCUGAUUUGUCACUCAUGCUGCCAAUGGAAAAUGAAGAUGAGUCAAGGGUGCUGCUUAAAGAAGAACCUGAUGAUGUUGUUGAUGAGUCUGUGCCAUUAGAAUCCCAGCCAGCGAACCAGCCCAGAGAAAAACGCAAAUCUACAGGUGUAAAAGUGAAAGGGCAUCUAUCAAGUUUUGGAGCUGCUUCCAGCAAAAGAUCAAAACCUGGAAAAAGUUCAGCUUUAGAUGCUUUCUCUGUUCCUGAAGAAAACCAGGAUUCUAUUCAAUCCAACACCAAUAAAGUAAGGAGAAAACAGAAGGUGCAAGUGUCUAAGAAUGCAAAACCUGAAUCUCAUGGUGAUAUUCUUGUUAGUGGAUCUCCGGGAAAUGAGGAGGCGGCGACCGAGGUCAGUGCCGACCAAGUUGUGGUUGAAGCAAGCGUGUUGGAGGCAGCGGCCGAGGCGGGCGAUAGCGAGGCCCUCAUAACCAUCGGGGUAGUUCCGAGAUGCUGCGGCUUUUUUCUUCAGGGUGGAGAUGCAGGCAAGAAAUUAAAGGCCAAGAAUAAAAAAUCUUCCCAAAACAGCUCACCCAAAUUAAUGAAGGUUUCAGAAAAUUCUUCAAGCGCUGAUAUGUGGAAGGAAGGGAGUGACUCAGCCCAAUCAGCUAUACAAGUUCCUGCAGGUAACCAGGUUACUUUACCUACUAAAGUACGGAGCAGGCGCAAGAUGAACCUAAAGAAACCAGUUCAGGAAGAAUCAAAAUUACUUGGCAAAAUUCACCCGAGUAAUCUGCCUCUUGGUUCACUCCAUGACACGAUGCUUAAGUCUAAGGAAAUGCUGUCUAAUUGUUUAUUAAAUCAGCGCCUAAGGAGAUGGUGCACUUAUGAGUGGUUCUAUAGUGCCAUUGAUUAUCCAUGGUUUGCUAAGAGAGAGUUUGUGGAGUAUCUCUAUCACGUAGGAUUAGGUCAUGUGCCAACAUUAACUCGUGUGGAAUGGGGUGUUAUACGAAGCUCUCUUGGUAAACCACGGCGUUUUUCAGAGCAAUUCCUGAAGGAAGAAAAAGAGAAGCUCAAUCAGUAUCGAGAUUCUGUUCGAAGACAUUACACUGAGCUCCGUGAAGGCAUCAGGGAUGGUCUGCCGACAGAUCUUGCAAGGCCUUUAUCAGUUGGGCAGCGUGUCAUUGCCAUUCAUCCAAAAACAAGGGAUAUCAAUGAUGGAAGUGUGCUAACUGUUGAUCACUAUAAGUGCCGCGUUCAAUUUGACCGUCCGGAAUUAGGGGUUGAAUUUGUUAAAGACAUUGACUGCAUGCCCUUAAAUCCUUUCGAGAAUAUGCCUGCAUUGGUUGGGAGACAUACAGUUCCAGUUGAUAAGUUCACUGAGAAUAUCAAUGAGCUAAAAAUGAAUGGACAUGCUACGGAAUACAUAAAGUUUUUUCCUGGUGAUAAUCUGGAUAACAAGGAUGGUUUACUCCAAUUGUCUUCAUUAGCUAAUCCUGCAACCAAAUCCUGGUCAACCCCUAAGUUACGGAUCCUUCUGGUGCAUCAGGUUGUUUCUGCAAAUGCUAAUGUGAAUACGGGAAUUGGAGUUGCUGAUAUCGCAAGUUACAAUCAGACAUCAAAUUCUCCACUCCAGGCAAAGGAAGCUGAUAUUCAAGCUCUUGCUGACCUGACUCGUGCUCUAGAUAAAAAGGAGGCUAUUGUUAUCGAGUUAAAACGAAUGAAUGAUGACGUGUUGGAAAAUCAGAAAGAUGGAGGUAGCCCUUUGAAGGAGUCUGAGUCAUUUAAAAAGCAAUAUGCUGCUGUGCUUAUACAGUUGAAUGAAGCCAAUGAACAGGUUACAUUAGCUUUACGUUGCUUGAGAGAACGAAACACUUACCAAGGAAAAUUUCUGCUGACAUCAGCGAGACCAGUAGCGCAUCUUGCUGAUCCCUGUGGCACACUAAAUUCUGCGUGCCAAUCUCAUGAAGUAGGAUCACAAAUGAAUGAAAUCAUGGAUAGCUCGAGAUCAAAAGCACGAAUGAUGGUAAAUGCUGCUGUGCAGGCAAUCACCUCACUUGAGAGUCAGAAGGAUACCUUAGAGAAAAUUGAGGAAGCUAUAGAUUACGUAAAUGACCAGCUUCCCUUGGACGGCACCUGCCUGCCUAGAGCAACUGAUCCUAAACUGACGAAUGCAUCUGACGACACCCGAAUCCCUUCUGAGUUGAUCACAAAAUGUGUGGCGACACUACUUAUGAUUCAGAAGUGUACAGAAAGGCAGUUCCCCCCGUCUGAUGUGGCACAGAUAUUAGAUUCUGCCGUGACAAGUUUACAGCCACGCAGUUCACAGAACCUUCCCAUUUAUACCGAGAUUCAGAAAUGUGUGGGCAUCAUCAAGAAUCAAAUUUUGGCAUUGAUACCCACUUGAAGUAGUGUGUUUCUGUAUAUGGAAUCAAGUUUAUCCAGUGAAUGUGUACCUUGUAGAUACUUUAGGUCGGUCUCUGUAGCUCUCGGCCAUGCCUGUGUGGCUUGCUUGUUUCAGUCAAUUAUAUUCCUAUUAAUUCUUUCAUGAUAGCCUGGAUUUUUUUAUAAAACAUGCUAAUGAGGAUGUAUGGUUAUUAAUGGUGUAGAUUCUAAUAAGCAGAUUCUGAUUGGAAAACCUACAUACAUCGAGGGAUGAAAAUUGUAAAUUUUUUUUAUUGUCGACUUAUGAACGAGCAAUAAGUUAAAUGAUUUUGGUCUGUCUCAUUUUCCUUCUCCUUACACAGCCGAAUGUGAAGGAGUAUGGCUAUUUGUAUUCGAUUCUUGUAUGUGAAUGCAGAUAGCAUGCUAAUAAUAGCCUGUGUCC